ACUGGUUUUAUAUAGCACGAAAGCAAAUACAAUAUCAUAUGCGAGGCAAGAAUACAGGUACUGAAGCGCUGUGCUCUAUGGCAUGGAGGCGUCAGCCUACGGCCUCCGCAAUAGGACACACCUCUAAACUAUCGCCUUCCAUUUUGUACAUUUAUAGCAUCGUUUACUAUAUUUCUUUGUUAUGUAGCUGGCUGUUCUUUGUCUACUUAUUCAUAUCGCAUAAUGUGUCCUAUAUGUAUGUUAUACCGUGUCUAGCGGUUGGAUUGUCGUUGUUACCGGCAUUCUGUCAACGACGUUCCAGGAACAUCUCCAGGCUACUAUGUGGUGCACUACUUUGUGCAAAACUAGCCUCCUGCGUUAAUUUGAGGUCACAUGGUAAUGCUAGCUCUCAUGUAUACAGUGGAUUGAGGGAUAGAGAUGCAAUUGCAUUUUUGAUUACAGGAAGUAGUCCCGCGUCACUAGUAAGUGCAAUAUCAUCGGUAUCAACUCCCCGAUCUCAUGUUAACGUUAUCGCAAAUACCGUCCGGGGUAGUACACUGGAGCCUGGGUCUGCCUUUGUAUCCUGGGCUCGGUUACCUGGGGAUAUCAGGGCAACACGAGGUCGGAUAAACAAAUAUGCCUUAUUCGCUAGUGUCGUUGAUCAGGAGCCCGAUGUGGACUACUACAGUGUCCUGUCAUUGCCAAAUGAUUGCAGUGAAGAGGAUAUAAAGAAGCGCCAUGAUGAGCUGAAGGAAUCUUUAAAGUCACUGCCGUCAGUGGAUAAACGGAUCAUGAAUAAGAUUAAGGAAGCUUAUAAAGUACUUUCUAAUCCAGCAUCUAGAGCGUUGUAUGAUGAAAAGCUAAGGCAACGUGCUGAAGAGGUGUCGUCGGAUGACGACACUAGUGAUACAGAAUAUGAUUCUGAUGAUAUAGAGAUAUUAGGUAACCCUGAUGAAGAAUUUGGGAUAGAUAUCACCGAUAAUGAAAGCCCAGCGAGGUCACGUGGUGGCUUAACAGGCUUCCUUGGCAACCUAUUUGGCUUCAACCGUGAUUAUAGCAUGAAACCAAUGCGUUCUGUGAAUAACCGCGAUCUAACAACAACGGCCAGUGUAGAUCUCAAGGCAUUGGUGUUUGGAGAUACCGUUAAGGUACCCAUAGAAAAAUACUGCCCAUGUCCUGAUUGCAAUUCUAGUAAAAGCGCACAGCAGAAGUAUAUAUCCAGAUGUAAUAAAUGCAGCGGACGAGGCAUGAUAACGAAAAAUCAGCGUACACCGUUCGGUUACAUUUCCACAUCAAGGACAUGUAUGCAAUGCCAAGGACGAGGCAUGGCAAGGAUACAGGACUGUACCACAUGUAAUAACAGCGGUCGUGUAUACAAAUCAACUGAGGUCGAGAUAAAAAUACCAGCUGGUAUUAAAGUGGGAUCUACCCUGAAAGUAAAAGGGAAGGGACACUCUAGUGGCUAUUCAUCUCGACCAGGUAACCUGUACGUUAAAAUCAGCUCAUCACCCAAUGAGCACGAGUACAUUGACAUGGACAAGGUAUAUACCACAGCUACAUUGGAUUAUGUAUCCGCGAUACUGGGAGAUACAGUCAAUGUGUACACCUUCUGCGGUAAGAAACAGGUGACUGUGCCACCAGGGACGCAGAGUGGUGACGAGUUCGUAGUUGGUAACUAUGAUAACAAGACACACAUGAUAAGGUUUAAAGUAACAGUGCCAAAAAAAGCAACAAAGGAAGAAGCGUCACUUAUCCAGCAAAUUAAAGAACUGCGAAACCAAAAUUAAUGUAUUGUGUUAUGGAGUGGCGGAUUUUGUGAUGUGUGUUGCAUUUGUCCUGGGUGACGUGUUGAUGUGGUAUCACUUGUUUAUUC